AUGCUAAUAAAAACUGGAAGAUGGCGAGAAACGUUCAGUGAUGCAUCAGGUAUGACCCCUGAGCUGUUGACUGUUAUCAAGAUCUUUAUGCCACAUGAUCGCUACGCCACCUUUCCCGAAGUAACGACCAUUGGCGUAGGCUGGGUUGGCGCAUGUGAUGGUUUAGAGCCUGAUGUGCAGGAGUUGAUUUUGGAGGCCCACAACACGGUUCGGCGUGCCGUCACGCCCACAGCCUCCAACAUGCAGUUGAUGAGUUGGGAUGAGUCUAUAGCAAAUUUGGCCCAGAGAUGGGCGGAAAAUUGUGUCUGGGGCCAUGAUACGAAUGAUACCGAUAUCGGGCGCUUUUCAUUUGGCCAGAACAUCGCACAAUCUAGUGGCAACUUGGACUGGAACAAGGCAAUCUCAAACUGGGCAAACGAGAAAAAUGUCUACACGUACAAUGGCGACAAUGGAGGCAAGGUUGUGGGGCACUAUACACAGAUUGUGUGGGCAGAGUCAUCAAAAGUUGGCUGUGGAUAUGCCCGCUGUAACGGUCGAAAUUAUUAUGUGUGCAACUAUGGCCCAGGGUAA